GAUGAUGUAGGUAAUAGUCAGUGGUGAGGCCGCCUCGCGGGCCGUCGACAGUGUUGAAUUAACAGGUGUCUCGUUCUCUAUCAACAAGUUAUCAAAGCUUUAUCGGUGUUACUCAACUCUUAUCCGCUCCCCUAAUUUUAUACGUAUUUUUACUCUCCCACUUGUCUCAUCUCGUUUCGUAUAAAUACAUAUCACAUAUAUUUAAAGUAAAGUAUAUACUGUAUAUUGUUCGUUUUAUAUUUUUUGUUUAACGUGACAAAUAACAUGAUGUCGGAAACGGUGGUGACUGUCCAAGAUGGUUCUACCAACAAUGCGAACAAUCCUCGUCAGGGACCGACUGUCAAAACGGAGCCUGGACAGCCGAGUCUCAUCGCUGGAAUCACGAUAAAUUUACCUUACUUCAAGACUAUUCCUGGAAUUUUAAAGCUUGUGCAGUUGGGUCUUGGGAUUAUUUGCAUGGCAUGCGCGUCUCCGGCGUAUAUUCCUGCGACGAGUUGGUUCUUAUUUGUUGCAACGACAUCCUUCUUAGCCACCCUCUUGUGGAUCUUCGUUUACCUCCUCUCAAUACGGGAGGCUCUAAAAAUACGUAUCCACUGGAUCUUAACGGAGUUGCUGAACACAGGAAUAAUAUCUGUUCUCUACGUCAUUGCUUUUAUAGUCCAAUUAGCUGUGUGGAGUUCUUACAGCAAUAACCAUUACGGCAUCAAGUCAUCGAAUAUUGCCGCUGGGGUGUUUGGAAUUUUCAAUACCAUAGCUUACGCUGCGGGAACGUACUUCCUCUAUGUCGAACACAAGAGCAAUAACUCACAGUGAGGAUAAAGUACCUGUUUAAUUUUAAAUCGUAUCAGCAUAAAAUAAUAUUACGCAGGAUAUUUACCUGAUGUUUAAAUAAAAGCCAUCAGCUGCUACCAGGUCUUAAUGCUCCACAUCAACACGUGCAAAGUCCAUUUUUAAAUAAAUAAAUAAAUAUAAUAUACAUAUAUUUAUAAAUCUACGUAAAUAAUAUUACAUAUUAAUAAUAAUAAUGAACAAAAAAAUAUGAAAAUUAAAAAGCUUAAAGAUAACUAUCGGUUAAUUAACUCAUACUUCCUCACACUAGAUUUUAUUGAAACAAUUAAAUCAAAAUCUUAAUUUUUUUAUCGCUCUUAUUUUCUCGUUUAUAUAUAUUGUAUAUUUAUAAUGAUUUGUAAAACAAAAACUGUCAUAGGAUUUAUGAGUGCGACUGAUAAAGUACAAAGGGUUAAAUAUUUUUACCAACAAUUGCUGGUUAUUAGAGCAAUAAAUAAUUAUUAUUUAAUUAAAGAGUUUUGAAUUUAUACGAAACUCGCCAGCAGUUUAUCGAAUCAGUCACAAAUCUUGUACGGCAAAAAAUUUCUUUAUAAAAAGCUUACGUAGUUAGUUAUAUAUUUUUCUCUCACUUCAUUUAUUCUUUUCUAUACUUAAUCAUCAACUCAUAUGACGAUUUUUAUCUUAUUUUUAUUUACAAUUAGUCACACUAAUUACUACAAUAUACGUACGAUAAUAUAAUAUAUACAUAUAUAAUAUACACUGUAAAAAAUCGCGAGUGAAUUGGAAUUUUAUUUGAAUUCGAAUUCAAUCCGUCGGAGUUUCGGAGUUUUGUAAAAAAUUAUUCUGGAUACAGAGUCAAUAUGGAACUUGUCUCUUCAGCGGAGUGAUUUUGGAGGGAUUUUUAUUUUAUUUAAAUCCACAUUCACUCCGAUUCCGAGUUUUACUCCGAGGGAAUUAAAUAAAUACGCAGUCAUCUGCUCCGAAUUUACUCCGGAUUUAAUCUGCUUUCACUCCGCAAAUUUUUUACAGUAAAUAAUUACACCUGUAUUCUAAAUUAAAUUUAUCAAGUCUCAUGUACAUAAGACUACAUAUAUAUAUAUUCUUAUAUAAAUCAAUAUUUCUAUACGUCUAUAUAAUUUGAUGAUCGAUAAAUUCGGACCAACACGAAAGCUUUGCCAACAAAUUUGUAUUUUGUAAUAAAAUUAUACAGAAUUUUGAAAAAAAAAAA